AUGUGUGUAAUUGUACACACAUGCCAUCCGCCACAUCCGCCAAAUUGUUUUUAUUCGCCAGCUCCUAGCGCCCAAGAGGCUCCUAGCGCCCAAGAGGCUCCUAGCGCCCAAGAGGCUCCUGGUGCCCAAGAGGCUCCUAGCGCCCAAGAGGCUCCUGGCGCCCAAGAGGCUCCUAGCGCCCAAGAGGCUCCUGGCGCCCAAGAGGCUCCUAGCGCCCAAAAGGCUCCUGGCGCCCAGAGCUCCUACGCCCAAAAGGCUCCUGGCGCCCAAGAGGCUCCUGGCGCCCAAGAGGCUCCUAGCGCCCAAGAGGCUCCUAGCGCCCAAGAGGCUCCUGGCGCCCAAGAGGCUCCUACCGCCCAAGAGGCUCCUGGCGCCCAAGAGGCUCCUAGCGCCCAAGAGGCUCCUAGCGCCCAAGAGGCUCCUGGCGCCCAAGAGGCUCAUGGCGCCCAAGAGGCUCCUAGCGCCCAAGAGGCUCCUAGCGCCCAAGAGGCUCCUGGCGCCCAAGAGGCUCCUAGCGCCCAAGAGGCUCCUAGCGCCCAAGAGGCUCCUGGCGCCCAAGAGGCUCCUGGCGCCCAAGAGGCUCCUAGCGCCCAAGAGGCUCCUGGCGCCCAAGAGGCUCCUAGCGCCCAAGAGGCUCCUAGCGCCCAAGAGGCUCCUGGCGCCCAAGAGGCUCCUAGCGCCCAAGAGGCUCCUAGCGCCCAAGAGGCUCCUGGCGCCCAAGAGGCUCCUGGCGCCCAAGAGGCUCCUAGCGCCCAAAGGCUCCUAGCGCCCAAGAGGCUCCUAGCGCCCAAGAGGCUCCUAGCGCCCAAGAGGGCUCCUGGCGCCCAAGAGGCUCCUAGCGCCCAAGAGGCUCCUAGCGCCCAAUAG